AUGACUAUCAUUCUAAAUAAAAAUGCAAAGGUAAACAAAGUUUUCAACCUGACUAUUGAAGUGAGGAAAGAUACAAGCGUUUGCAAUAGUUUUAAAGUGAGAAACGAAAAACAGUCAGCUGCAUACGAUGACAAACUUAUAAAUUUUAAUCCAAAAGAAAGUUUCAAAUUACGGCGUUUCUUACAAUCAUGGAAAUAUUUUUUUCAUUUUAUAAAGGAACUGAAAGAGCAACUCACGUUUCGUGUAGAAAUUUUGAAUAAUGUUAAGAAAAAUAUAGUCAAAAUUCUCAAUAAAUUUAACAAUGUACCGAGCUAUAAAAUAACAUUAGUAGGUGUACAUAUACGAAGAGGUGACAUGGUUAACAGUAGAGGGUAUAAUGUUGCCUCACCGGAAUAUCUGAUAAGAGCAGUCAAUUAUUUCAAGGACAGAUAUCAAAAUAUUAUAUUUAUAGUUGCAUCUAACGACAUGCCUUGGGCUAAAAAAUAUAUGCCUUCUGAUAUAUCUGUAGAAUUUAUACAAAACAGUGAUGUGGUUGAUAUGGCAACAUUGGCAUCUUGCAACCAUACGAUUAUAACAGUUGGGUCCUUCGGUUGGUGGUCUGGAUGGUUAGCUGAUGGAGAAGUGACAUACUUCAAAUGGCCAGCUAAAUCAGGAUCAAGAUUUGAGAAAAGAAUUAAUUACACUGAUUAUUUCUAUCCAGGAUGGAUUGGGUUGUAACAUGUGUCUAUUAAUUCAAGUAUGUAUGUAUGUUUUUCUAAUAACACAAUAGGGUACACGAAAUGAAACUCAUCUAGACAACUAACGAUUGCUUUCACGAAGCGUUAAAGGGAGCCUUAUUUAAGUUAUAAAAAAGAAGACGUUACACUUGUUUUUAUUAUGUAUUGUACUAAUUCCAAAUUUCAUCUCAUGACGAUAUC